AUGCUUCUGAACAUUUCCAAGUGCUCUAUUGUGACAUUCUCUAGGUCAGAUACUCCUAUUCUUUAUCAUUAUAACCUUAAUAAUCAACCCCUGGCACGUUGUUCUAAAAUAAAGGAUCUGGGUGUCAUACUUGCUUCCGAUCUAAGUUGUCAUGACCAUAUCAAUCACAUUUCCAAAAAGGCUAAUGCAGCACUCUAUUUUGUUAUUAGGACCAGUCGUGAUAUUUUUUCUGUCCGAGCUCUGAACAUCCUCUACGUCCACCUUGUUCGAACCAUACUUGAAUAUUCUUCUACUGUCUGGAACCCUUACCUUGUUGGUCACAUUGAUAGGCUUGAGAACAUACAGAACCGCUUCAUUCGUUUGAUUGGGCUGCGGCUGGGCUUUGAGUACCGUAAUGUGCCGAUUGAUGACCUUCGAGUUCAGUUUAACUUGGAACCUCUCCAUUCAAGACGUAUAGUUCAUGAUCUGCUUUUCUUGAAGAAGUUGAUCUGCUCUGUCAUUGAUGCACCUGAUCUGCUCGAAUUGCUGGACUUCCGGGCAUCACGUCAUCUUCGUCACCCCCAGCUGUUUGCAAGGCGGCACUACACCACACAAUCAAAAUACUCAAUCAACGAGAACCGACAAAAAUACACAGGGUUCAUGUGGCUGAUCAUCAGAUCUUUUGGCUUUGCUGAUAUCGGCACUUAA